GGCGGAAGCGGUUUGUGCUGGGAGUUGGUGGCGCGGUGCAGGGCUCUUAGGAACGAACGGCUUGGGCGCGGGUAAUCAGCUCCCUUUUCCCCUUUUCUCUACCUCUUCUAGGUUCUUGGGAAUACGGCGGAGCUUCCGGACCUGAUGCGUGCGCCCGGUCGUGGACUGUCCCACCCUGUUCCUCUACUGCUCGGGGUGCUCCGCGCCCAGACUGGUAUCCGGGGACUGUGACUUGCAGGGUCCACCAUGGAACCAGAGCAGAUGCUGGAGGGACAGACGCAGGUUGCAGAAAAUCCCCACUCUGAGUACGGUCUCACAGACAACGUCGAGAGGAUAGUAGAAAAUGAGAAAAUUAAUGCAGAAAAGUCAUCAAAACAGAAAGUGGAUCUCCAGUCUUUGCCAACUCGUGCCUAUCUGGAUCAGACAGUUGUGCCUAUCUUAUUACAAGGACUUGCUGUGCUUGCAAAGGAAAGACCACCAAAUCCCAUUGAAUUUCUAGCAUCCUAUCUUUUAAAAAACAAGGCACAGUUUGAAGAUCGAAACUGACUUAUUGGGAAGAACAGAAAAAUUUGGUUUCCACUGUAGAUUUACAUGAUUAAGAGGCAACUUUAAUUGCCAUGAUUUUCCCCCCCAUUUUGGAAGUAUAAGAAUCAUCAGGACAGCAGAACUUAUUUUGGAGUUGCAGAAGAAGACAUAUCUCCCUUAUUGAUUUAAUCACAUACUUAUUUAAUGAGUGUAUUCUGUGCAAUUUUUUCUGAUUGUCUUUAACUUUGUUUUUAAAAUGACCUUCAAAAUAAACUGUUAAAACAUCA